AUGGAAAGAGUUAUCGCCCCUACGCCUAAGGAUUGUAGUGAUCUGUCACCAGGAACGUGCAGUGGAGUUUAUACUAUACGACCACAGAACGGUGUUGAUAUAUCUGUUUUCUGUGAUAUGGCGACUGAUGAUGGAGGUUGGACGGUUAUUCAAAAACGGUUUGAUGGAACAGUAAGUUUUGACAGGUUUUGGAAUAAUUACAAAACUGGAUUUGGUGACAUCACAGGAGAACAUUGGCUGGGAAAUGAUAAUCUUUACUAUAUUACUCAACAAGGACCUUACAAAGUACGAUUUGACUUUGAAGAUUAUUCAGGAAAUACAGCCUAUGCUAUCUACGAAAGAUUUAACGUUGGUGACGAGGGAACACACUACCUAUUGAGCAUUUCUGAGUAUCAUGGAACAGCAGGUGAUUCGAUGAAAGAUGCAGCGAGUCAGUCGAUGAACGGUAUGAAAUUUACCACUCGAGAUAAGGACAACGAUAUUGAAUAUCACAAUACUAAUUGUGCUAUUCGUAAGAAGAGUGGAUGGUGGCAUGCAUCCUGCACCCUUUCCAAUAUUAACGGAAUUUACAAAGAGGAGGAAUCUGCAGACAGUAAUCACUGGUUUGCUUUUGAUGCCAGAAAAGGUCUGAUGAAGACAAAAAUGAUGAUGAAACCUUACUUGGAAAUUGAAACAAUGGAAUAGGUCAUGCACAAAUAUGUUACCUAAGUAGUUUUAAAUCAUACAAAAAUUAUUAUCUGUAUUUACUUCAUUAUCUUUAGACCACAAUCAUUAAUAUUAAUAUAUAAAGCUAAGUUCUCAUAUAAAGAGAUAUGUUGCUAUAAUGUAACUUUUAUCUCAUCAGAAAGUAAUAAAUAAUACUCAUUGUUAAAUGUCAGAAACAAUACAAUUGUAGGAUGUUUAUUGCACGAUUGAUACAUUUGUAAUAUGACACAACUCUGCAAUUUUAAAUUUGAAAAAUACUUCUUUUUAUUGACAAUAGCAUUCUUUGUAGA